GCAGACUUCCACUUUGGCAAGCUACUUGGUAUAAAUAGCACAAUUGCCUGAGAGCAUUAAGUUCCAUCUUGUGCAUGCAUAUAUUCUUUGCUAAAAGUGCUCCAAGAUGUGCAAAGAAUUGAAGUCGUGGAUCGUAUAUAUGCUUUUUCUGGUGCUGCUGCACUGCUUGACAACAAGAGGUGAUUUAUUACGACAUUCAGUUUCAGAAGCUCACAAUGGAGUGCAGCUGGAGAUCACCACUGACCCUCUAGGGCCUGUAUACACGGCAUCUUCCUGGAUACGAUUUGCAUGCAAAGCAACCAAUCACUCGAGUCCUGAGACACUCCAUUAUAAGUGGAUAGGUUUCAGCAACGACGUCCAAGGAGCUCAAACUCUGUUGGACGAGGAUCCGCUACUUGAUGGAGACCGCUCUGCAUACAUAUGGCUUCUGUCCACAUCAGACGUGCAGUAUGUGGAGUGUCGUCUCUUCAACAACACAGACAUUCUGCAGAGCACUGGAAUGGAUAUCGCUGUAACUGGAGCUGGUGUACAUUUUGAGAAUGCUUUUCAAGGUGCGGUUGCCAACAACACAGCUGUAGUGAACCCAGGCAACAAUGACCUCGCUCUCCUCUGUCAAUCUGCUCUUAGGAACUCCUGCAAUACUGGUAAUUGGAAGAACCCCAACAACGAUGACAUCAGCAAUAAUGUCACUUCACUGAGUCAGGUGUGCAACAACUCAGAACCACCAACCAAUCAGUUUUUCUCGACAGCUCAGCUGAGCCUGUCUCCGGUGCUCACCUCCGGACUGUACACGUGUGUUAUACCGGACGAGACAAUGCUGAUUAGAAAGGUGUACAUUGGAGUCUAUAGUGACAUCGAAGAGAGAGUGAAACCUUUCAAAUCUUCAAUGAUGUUGACACACCAAACCGAUCAUGACAACAUGUUAUCGCUCAGUUGUUUAACUCAGAUGCUACCAAGUAGCUCGGCCGUCUGGCGAAAGGACGGUAAUACGCUGUCACCUACGGAUACAAUAAGCACUCGUAUCAGUGUAAUAAAUGUGACCGAUGCACUGUAUGAGAGUGAGCUGGUUAUGAAGUGGAGUGUCCGUGGAGUCUCGAUAGUCAGCUGUUUGGUCCACACUGAGUGGAGAACAUCAGGAGACUACUUCUAUGACGCAGCAUCUGCUAGUGGGAACUUCGUAAUAAUGGAUCUCGGAACAUUGAUGAGCAUAGAGUGCACAGCUCCGAGUAACAUUGCUCAAGUUCAGUGGUUUAGCAGCCAAAAUCAAAUGCUAAGUACUGGUCAGAUUCCAAACGUUAAAGUCCAUGGCGACACACUGUCCAUAAUCAAUGCUACAGCCAGUCUGAACGGUGCUCAGUUCCAUUGUAGAGGGGAGGACUUGAAUGGAAAUGUUCAAUUUUGGCAGCAUUAUUCAAUUAUUGUUUCAGUACCGACUGACUUUGUUUCCAUAUCACUGGCUGACGACUACACUGAGCCAGCCUUGGAAGGUGAUGCAUACAACAUCACCUGCUGUUAUAACACAACAGAGACGGCAGCACCUAUAGUCAUACGCUGGUACGAAGGGAUGGAGGAAAUCGAAUAUACAAUCAAUCCGAAUUUCCUUGUGUCUGUUGAAGAUACGUGCUCCACUUUGCAUUUUAUGACUGUAAGUGUUGAGGAGGACGGGUAUAAUUACACAUGCAGAGCUGAAACGGACCCACCCUUGUUGUACACUGGAAGGACUACCCUACACACAGCAUAUGUGACCUUGAGUGUGGAUAAGAGGAACAUAGUCGUCACGGAUCCUGGCCUAUUGGAGUCCAGUACUAGUGCUACCACAGAUCAAACGGAGUCCAGUGCUGCAAGACUCCUCUCUCUACCAACUAUCUCACUUGUUCUUUUACUGACCCUAUUCGUAAUCUUUGUGCUGUAAGAUAAACAAGCGGUGACAAGAUUUCAUUUACGAACCCUCCAACAUGAGUUGUUAUACAUGAUUCUAUUGUACGUGCAUGCAUGUAAAUUAUCUGUCAUAUUACACUUGUAUAUAUUAUGCUUAAAAUUUUUUUGGAGAAUUGUAAA